UUUUUCCCAAGCCAGGAUCCUUCAAUCGGAGUCCUAAAUCUACCCCUCCAUAACCAUACUUUAUGCUUCCUUUGGAUAGUCCUGGGGACAAGUGGAGAGGAAUGAUGAGUAGAAGGGGAAAAUAAUGGUUCUCACAGUACCCAUAAUUUUUAGUCCUUGAACCAGUGUGGCAAAAGCUGUAGGUAGUUCAACCCAAUCCAGGAACAGAAUGAGGAGGGAAGUUGGAAAAGAACAUGAAACCAACAAAGGAUUUGCUUGUUGUUGUUGCUAUGAUUUUGCUAAGUGUCAGACAGGGUGAGGGCAGAGUAUAGAAAUGAUGCAGGGGAGAAUUUGGAAGCAGGGCAGGGGCUUUUCAGGGUUAAUUGCAGGCAUACCCUCAGAGCUACCUUUGACAUUUUUAAGUUCACUUAGGAUUCCUGGGGACUGGGAGCCUAUGGGAUAGUCAUGAGAUCUCUAGGAAGUGGUAGAGGGAGGGAUCUUUGACUCCUUAUCUCACGCAAGAAUGUAGGCCUGGGCAGAAAAAGCCAGUUCCACUUAUCUCAAGCUCUUUGCUAUUUUUGAUGUGAGCACCAGAACAAGCUCUAACUGUGAACUUUCUCCCUGUCCCAUGCCUCUACCCCAGAGACCUUUCUUGUCACCUUGAAAAUCUAGGAUUACCCCUCUAGUUCUCAUCUCUCAUUCCUCCCCUCUACCAUUCUGAUUCCUGAUCCAUAAAAUUUUAUGCAUCUAAGUCUGGAACAUGGGCUCAGGAAUUGAAAAUUUAGAGUCUGACAUCCCUAAGAAUGUCCAAUACUCCACAAAGAAAUUCCAGAUGCAUGCCCAGGAUCCUAUGCUUAUCCCCAAUCCUCAUUUUAGCGCCCCUCCCUUCCUAUCAUGCUGGGUAAGACUGCAGUUAGUGGCUCAGGGAUAUUUUUAGCCAAGCAGACCUCAUUGUCCAGUGGGGUGGAGUGGGGGGAAGGGUAGGCAGGUGUCCACGUCCAUCACACCAGGGCUUGUGGGGCAGCAGAGAGAAGGGAGGGGGCUAGGCUCCAAAAAUAGCACAAUGAGCUCAUUCAGCUGCCAGCUCUGGGGACAAGACAAAGGGGCUUUAAAAGGCUUGGGGGGUGGCUCAAGCUGGUCUUGCUCCUGCCAACACUUCAUUUCUCGGCAUGGAGACCUUUGAGCCCAUCAGCCAAGAGCCCCUCAGCCAAGCCAGCUGCAACAAAGCCCCAGAUCCAGCUCCUGGACUCCAGGACCCAUUCUAUGCAGAACUGCAACGGGCAGAAAGCCUCCAAGAGAAGAGUGUGAAGGAGGCCAAGACCAAAUGCCGGACGAUUGCAUCCCUACUAACUGCAGCCCCCAACCCCCAUUCCAAGGGGGUGCUUAUGUUUAAGAAACGACGGCAGCGAGCCAAGAAGUACACCCUAGUGAGCUUUGGGGCUGCUGCUGGGACAGGCGCUGAAGAAGAAGACGGGGUCCCUCCAACGAGCGAGUCGGAACUGGACGAGGAGGCCUUCUCCGACGCCCGCAGCCUCACCAACCAGUGCGACUGGGACAGCCCGUAUCUGGACAUGGAGCUGGCCAGGCCAAGCUCAGCUGCAGCAGAGGGCCAGGGCGGGCAGCUGAGCGAGGCCUCCGGCAGAGGGGCCCAGCUCUUUGAGCAGCAGCGCCAGCGCACCGCAUCCAGCACCCAGGAGCUGGCCCGGGAUGGUCCAGCCGCCAUGCUCAAUGGGCAGGGCCUGCAGUCACCACCUCGGGCCCAGAGUGCUCCUCCGGAGGCGACUGUGCUCCCACCCAGCCCUUCACCAGCCCCUGUAGCCAGCCCCAGACCCUUCCUUCCAGGCGGUGGAGCCCCAACCCCAGCUCCAAACAUCUUUAACCGGUCAGCCAGGCCCUUCACCCCAGGCUUGCAAGGGCAGCGGCCAGGUACCACUUCGGUUAUCUUCCGGCCUCUAGCUCCCAAGAGGGCGAACGAAAGCCUGGGAGGCCUCAGCCCCGCCCCACCGCCCUUCCAGCCCCUCCCACCGGGGCCCACCCCUCUGCCCAGCCACGUGCCAGCCUCCGGUUCCCCCAGCACUCCACGCUCCUCGGGCCCCGUCACAGCCACAAGUUCCCUGUACAUCCCAGCCCCCAAUCGUCCUGUUACGCCAGGAGGAGCCCCCGAGCCCCCCGCCCCCUCUAGCGCCGCUGCCAUGACCUCCACCGCUUCUAUCUUCCUGUCGGCACCUCUGCGACCCGCUGCGCGCCCGGAGGCUCCCGCCCCAGGCCCCGGGGCACCCGAGCCCCCCAGCGCUCGGGAGCAGCGCAUCUCCGUGCCAGCUGCCCGCACUGGCAUCCUCCAGGAAGCCAGGCGACGGGGAACUCGGAAGCAGAUGUUCCGCCCGGGAAAGGAGGAGACGAAGAACUCGCCCAACCCCGAGCUGCUAUCUCUGGUGCAGAACCUGGAUGAAAAACCCCGGGCUGGGGGCGCGGAAUCCGGUCCGGAGGAGGAUGCGCUGAGCCUCGGGGCUGAAGCCUGCAACUUCAUGCAGCCACCAGGGGGCAGGAGUUACAAGACUCCGUCUCACGUGACGCCUAAAACUCCGCCCCCGAUGGCUCCCAAGACCCCGCCCCCAAUGGCUCCUAAGACUCCACCCCCGGUGGCUCCUAAGCCCGCGCCUCGAGGGUUCCUUGAUGGGCUAGUGAAUGGGGCAACCCCUUCGGCUGGAAUCCCUGAGCCCGCCAGGCUGCAGGGCAGGGGUGGGGAGCUGUUUGCCAAGCGGCAGAGCCGAGCAGACAGGUAUGUGGUGGAAGCUACACCUAGUGCUGGCCUUGGCCCUGGCCCUCGGCCCAGAAGUCCUUCCCCUACACCCUCACUGCCCUCUUCCUGGAAAUAUUCACCCAACAUCCGUGCCCCACCUCCUAUUGCUUACAACCCACUGCUCUCACCCUUUUUCCCCCAAGCUGCUCGAACUCUCCCUCAUAAGGCCCAAUCCCAGGGGCCUCGGGCAACCCCCAAGCAGGGUAUCAAGGCUCUGGAUUUCAUGCGGCACCAGCCCUACCAACUUAAGAGUGCCAUGUUCUGUUUUGAUGAGGUUCCCCAGACUCCUGGCCCCACCUCCUUAGGGCCCCCCAAAACUGCCCGAGUCCAGGAGAUCCGCCGAUUUUCCACCCCAGCACCCCAGCCCACGGCAGAACCCCUGGCCCCCACUGUGCUCACCCCCCGAGCAGCCACUACAUUGGAUGAGCCCAUCUGGAGAGCUGAGCUGGCCUCAACCCCUGUUCUUAGCCCAGCCCCUCCUUCAGAGUCUCCCAGGGGUCUUGGGACUUCCCCCAGCUCUUGUAGCUUCCAGGUAGCCAGGCCCCGGUUCUCAGCCACCAGAACUGGAUUGCAGGCUCAUGUGUGGAGGCCAGGGGCAGGCCACCACUGAGCAGGGCACAGCUCCCAGGACCAAGGAGAGGUGGAACAUCCAGUUCCUAAAGUUGUUUCUCCUACCCAACCCAUGCCCUCUCUCAGGCAUCUGGAGGCUAACUUCCCUCCUGCCAGACAUCGUUUUGGAGUUGGUUUCCCAUUCUCCUGGCUCCCAACCUCCCUGCUGCUUUGCAACCUACUAUCUCUGCUUCUUUAUCUGUGCUUCUCUUUGUCUCUGUAGUUCCUUGUGUGGAUCUCCAAAUCUCAGUCUCCACCCACAGUCCUCCACUGGUCUCUAUUUCUCUACAUCUGUGCUUUGUGAGCCUCAUUUUAACGUUCCAUGAGAAGCACACAGAGAAGUUACUAGUGAGACCUCGGCAAGAAGCUCACCAUCAGGCAGGCCUCAAAGGGACUGAAUUGAUCUCUGUUUGCACUAAAUAGCUUGCUACUCCUCACUCUCGUUUCCCAACCUUGGCUGGCAUAGAUCUAGAAAUGUAUGUGUGUAUGUGUGUAUGUGCAAGUGUGUGUGGGCACAGAUGUGUUCUUAUGUCUGAAGCAAGAGUAAGAGGAGUGGUCUAAAUAAAGACCCAAUCUGGGUCUAACCCUUGUGCUGAUAAAAGAAGGGUCAGAUAGCUAGCCCCUCAUGGAUAGUCUAGUGAGGAGAAAGACAUUGACUUGAAUUAAAGACCAAUGCCUGUAGCAGGGGUACAGCACCUUGUGAAACAGUUUAUGAGAAGGCCUGAGGGCUGGCGCAGUUUGUAAGGACUGAGAUACACCAGCUAGAACAGGAAUAGAACUAAGAAUUCUAUUUAUCAGAGGGUGCCUGGCUGGCUCAGUUGGAGGAGCAUGUGACUCUUGAUCUCAGGGUCCUGAGUUUGAGCCCCAUACUGAGAAUAGAGAUUAAAUAAACAAACAAACAAACAAACAAACAAACAAAAAGUUCUACUUAUCAGGAUUCCAGAAAGUUAGCAACUUAAGAGGCCCAUGCUGAGCUACAAACAUCCAGGAAGUGAAAAAGGCAGACAAAAAAAUUUCCCCUGAGAAUGAAAAAAUCAUUGGCUUCAUUGCCUCAUGUACCCAAGACAGAAAGGAGGGAGAAAAGAGGCAUGGUGUGGAAAGUGAAGUAGAAACCAGGAGCAGAGUGGAGUGAAUGAAAUUGCGCCACAGGGAGGAGCAUGAGGAGGGAGAGUGUUGUGUUGGCAGACAGUACAGUUGGGUUUCAAGAAACUCAGCAUGUACAACAGGGGGUCUAGAAGAAAAAAUGAGAAAAAAGAAUGCAUUUGUUGGAGUGAGGAUGGAUGAUGAUGGGGGGAUGUGAGAAUGUGGGUUGAAUGUUGAAAGAAUAGGUAGUGUCUGCUACCUCCUUUAAGUCUGUCCUUCUACCUUCUGCAACUUGUUAUGAUGACCUGGGAAAGGGCAAGGAGAUACCCAGAGCCCAAACCUCUUUUCAGUCCUAGCCCCAUCACUCAAACCCUAGCUCUUGUUCCUUCCAAGCUUCAGGCCCUGAUCUCUGAUCCUAGUUGGGUAUGGACUCCCCUCUCACCAUGACCACCACCAAUCAGCCACAUUUGCUGCUUGAUCUGGAUUGAUUGUUUCCUUUGCAUAUUGGGUGUGAGUCACAGACUUUGAUUUGUGCACAAGAAUAAACUUAUGCUCCAAACCUUC